AUGACCAAGAAUUUGGACUCUAUUCCAUACGACGUCUUUUACCAAGUCGCUUCUACACUCGAUUGCCAUGAUUACAUCCAUCUUAGUCGGGUCAAUCGGUCGAUCUACGCGUUGACGAAAAGCGAUUCGAUUGCUCGAAACACCGUCAAGAGCGAUCUACUGCAUACUAAAGAAGGAAGGGAAGCCGAUCGGGCCAAGAAAGGUUACCGCAAGGCCAUCGGGCACUUGUACGACAUCAAAGAGUCUUUUGCAACCGCUCAACCCUAUUCGGCUUCGGUCCUUGGCUAUGGAAGCUCGUUCCUCUACACUGGAGGAUCGCUGUGUUACAUAUUCAACGAUGAGAUCCGAGCCCUAGAUGUGCGAGGCGCUAGUCGCGUCGAGCAAGUCUUAAAUCUCCCCAAGGUGCUGCGUCGAGCAAUCCCUGACUGCAAUCCAGAAAAUGGAAUGACACGCGUCUCACUGAUGAACUAUAGCGACUGGGUUAUUGCUUUCCUCGUCGAGCUGGACGACAGGCGCGAAGCUUGGCUUUUGGCCGUGGAUCUUCAGCGUCGGUCAACGUAUGGAAAAAGCGGCCGGCUGCGGCUCAGAGCACAGCUUGAGUCAACCCAGCGGCUCUUUGUGCGGCAUAGCAGGUCGUAUCUCUACUAUGGGACUCAUUCUGCCGUUGGAACCCAUGGGCACACGCAAUGGGAAGUCAAUUGCGCAGAUCUCAACACCAUGAAGAUCAAUAGCGAAAGCAUGGUCGUGCUUGACAAGUUUGCAGGCAUGGAAAUAGGACAGACAGUCUGCUUUGAAGUAUACCAAGAUCACCUCUACGCUAUUUCAACUCUGGUUGACUUUCAGGAAGAAGAAAUUGACUGGACGUCAUACUACGUUUGGAUAUGUUUAGAUCCCAGACUUCAAAUACCCAAGGAAGGUGUCAAGACACAUCGUACCUGGCGUCGACAGCAUAGAGAGGGGCCCAUCAAUGAUACGUGGUCCGAUCUCUCACUCAGAGAGGACGAGACAAGCGGGCAACUGAUGAUUCUGGAGUGCCGCAGGGAAUGGCGUGACGGAGGCAGUGAGAAUUGCCGGACAUAUUACAUUCAGCCUCUCCCAGCGCCAGCAGACGUUGACAAACAACAGCCAACUUCCGACUACUAUACUGCUGCCCCACCAGACGAACCUCUAGCGAAAAUGCUAGACGAAAACAGCAAGCCCAACUAUGAACGACCAAGGAAGCGACUUCGCAGACACUAUCAUGCCGAGUAUGACGGGGGUAUUGAACCCAAGCCCAGGCGUGACUUCAUCCUGGCAAAGACAAAGUUCCGCACAUACAAUCUUUCAGCCUCCAGCUACCUUGACCUUGUGAACGACCCACUGCCGAGUAGACGCGGCGGCGACCUUGUACCUCGAGAUCGUUUGCGGCUGCGCAUGGUGUCGAGGAAGCGAAAAUGUCCUAUUGACGAGGAAGGAAUAAGCGGUGAUCGGGGGCUCCUGUUUAAACCUGAGCUCGAAUCAGACGGGCGCUUAGUGGAAAACAGCGAAGAGCGCUUUACUUCCCGCGGUGUACACCUUUGGCCACCAGAUGAGGCUCCUCAGGAGCUAAACGACUUACUAUGUCCCUCCAAAAGGACUGGACAAGUUCAAGCCAUAGCAGACGAUCGGUCAAUUGUGUAUUCGGUAAACAAGGACAACUUGGAGCCUGGCAACCAAGCGAUAAUUUUCAUCAAUUUCGACCCAGCUCUGCGGUUACCAGGGCUUCCACGAAUGAACCUGGGCAGCCAACUUGGUGAGCCCGAGAAAGCUGAGGCAGCUCUCGGCAUCGAACGGCCGCAGGUCGGAGACGUCGGCCAGGAGCGGGCAGCAAUGCACACGACAGUUGCAGGGAAACGGACGAACCAAAAUGUGCCAUCUGUCAGAGAAGAGCGUGCCAUGUACCUCGACAUUGCUCAUGGCUUCUGGUUUCGAUGA